GGGGCCACGGGCCGCGCUCACCGUGACGCCGCACCCGCCAUUCCCGCAGGCCUCGCCCCGCCCCGGGCGACUCUCGAUGACGUCGCGCGCGGCGCGGGCCGAUGACGUCACGCGGAAGGCGCGAGGCUGCGCGACGGUGGGUUAGAGAAGAGCUGUAAACCAUGGCAACGGCACUACGAUGUGUCCGUCAUGUGCCUUCCCUGCUUUAUCGUUCCUGGUGCGGCGCGGUGCGGAGGCUGCCGCAGGCUCCCGCGGGCUGCCCAGCCUCGCUCCUGGACGGCUGCGGGCAGCGUGUCCAGCUGGUGCUGCUGGCCAGGCAGCUGGCUACCAAAAAAGCUAAAGGUAAAGGCCAGGCUCCAGCCAAAGUGAAUAUCAGUGCCACCCUAGUGGAGGAUAUUAUCAAUUUGGAGGAAACCAAUGAAGACAUGCAGGCAGUGAUAGAAGCUCUGAAAGAAGAUUUCAGCAGAAAUCUCAGUGUUAGAACCUCACCAGGGGCCCUUGAUCACAUAAUCGUGAUGACAAGAGACGGGAAGUUUCCGCUGAACCAGCUGGGGCAGAUCUCACAGAAGUCACCGCAGCUCAUUGUAGUGAACAUGACCAAUUUUCCAGAGAGCACAGCUGCGGCUGCGAAGGCUAUAAGGGAGAGUGGCAUGAACCUGAACCCAGAAGUGGAUGGGACAAUAAUUCGGGUGCCAAUUCCUAACUCUCGGAAGGUGUUUAUGAAAGAAUAUACAACAGAGAGAUGUGGUGGAAUUGCCAGAAUUACAGCAGGUGUGCAGAAAAGGCAAACAAAUCGGAAAUUAAGAGACAAUACAGUUUCUGCAGAGGUGGAUUCUUUUGUGAGGGGAGGCAUGAGAAAAGUAAAAUCAAGCCCGAAUUGUCCUUGUCUGCUAUUAAAAACACUUUUUAGCCUUACCUAUCAUGGAUGCACACGAGUCGUAUUUUACCUUGUGCAGGUCCAGCUCUGUUUUAGCACUUGAGAGUUUCAACUGAGCAUUUUAAAAUGGAGUUUACUUUUCAGUAUUUAUUCUUUUAGUUUAGUUUUUGCAUUGCAGUUUUAACAGAAAAAAUACACUCCUUUCGUUCGUGUUUACUUCUGCUUCCUGCUAGGAUCCCCUCUGCUCCCCAAGGCAUUCGCUUGUUUGUGUUGCUAGCCCUGCAUAGGCAAUAUUUAUUUGUAUAAAAAGUAUACUCUGAGGGUUUAAAAAGAAAAAAAAAAAAAAAAGAAAAAAAAGAAAGCAAGCCAGCCAUGGGAACAUUUGUAUUGGUUGAUCCCUUGGCCGAAUUUGACCUGACCUUGUGUCUUUUAUGGUAUUGCCUCAUUUUUAGAUUCAUCUUUUUUGGACCCAUUGUGUUGCACUGGAUAUUGUUUGUAAAUCAGUAAUAUUUUUACACAUGCUUUACUGAAAGCCAGAUGACUCAUUUGAAAGUUUAAUGACUCAUUGUGAGCUUUUUUUCCUUUGCCCUUUAAGAAAUAUGCAAAGACACCUACUAUGGGGAGAAAGGACUCAAAAAAAUUCAUUGUAAAAAACCCCAAAGCUGUUUCUGAGCUGCGUUGCUCCGAGUCACUCCUCGCCCGAAGCCUCCCGCAUGCUUUUUAUUGAGCAAUAUACAUUGCACCCUAUGUUUAUCUGCAAUUAUGCAUGCAGAGUAUUUAGUUAAGCCUACUUUCCUUUAACGAUCCCUCUCGUUCACAGGAAAUUCCUAGCAUUUGAGAUACAGAAAUUGCUCUUACCUGCAUAAGCGUCGUGUGUUGGAGAGGAGCUGUGGCCUGUGUCGUGCUGGCUGCGGGUCUGCUCCAGCGGUAUCCGAGGGGCGCCGCGCUUACACUGCUGUGGGAAGCAGAAAAAGAGGAGAUGUUACCCGUGUGUGUUUCUGAACACCCUGGCGUGUCGGUCCCCGAGCUCUGUGCUGGUCCUGGCAGGGCAGGACUCUCCCUGAGGGAACGGCAGGAUUUGAGCCCGCUGCUUCUCCAGCUGCAGGGAAGGGGGGACGAGUGAGGACCUUGUCCUCAUUUCCAACUUUGGGCACCCCUUCCCACCUAUUUUUGGCUUUAAAGAGGGGGUAGGGGCAAUGGUUACUAGAUAGAAAACAUAUCUAAGAACAGCUUGAAAAUCCCAGAUCUAAGGGCAGGAUUAAAACAACUGUCCUCAGAAACCAAGGGCCUGGCUCACGUUGAUGGAUUCCUUAACCAGAAACAGCAUCUGCUUGAAAAAGUGUCUGUUUCUGGCAUUGUUGGUAGCAUUGCUGAGAAUUUACACACAGUCUGGCUGGAACAUAAAACCCGCUGAGAAACUCCACGGCGCUGCAUGGUGAUAAAAAGAAAUUGGUGUUAAUAAAGACAGACAAGGAGGCAUGAAGGCUGUGACCCCGUGCCAAGAAGCAUAGGAAAUCUGGCAGCGCUGCAUAAACAAAAACAUUUCCUUAAAGGCUCAGCAGCCCCAAGCAGGCGAGUGAUACCCUCAGCAUAACUCGCAAAAGCCGAGCGGGAGCGGGGAGGCAAAUAGCUGACAGCGACCAAGGCCGCCCUGCUGCGGAUCGACUGCCCCUCGCCACCCAGCAGGAGAUGAGAGAGAUUUCCAGCUCUCUCCUCCAAGUUUAGCAGCCAGGGUGGACUCCCUGUCCCCCUAAAAUCUGCUUGAGAAUCUGAGCUCACCCAGACCUCUGUCUGUUAGCCAGCUUUGCUGGUUUCGCGUAUGCCGCGGGACCCGCGGCUGGGGAGAUGGAACACGAGAAGCCCUGAAGGCAUCAAUGUGGGGAUGCAGAGGAAACCACAAGCGACCCGGCUCACUUCUAUGUAGGUGUUCAGUCCAGGCUUGAGCCUGUGCUGACCAGAAGCCUCUUGGCAUGUAUGAAAUUCCCUGUCCCUCUCCCUCCGGCUGCCCCUCAGCGGGGAGGCCCCGGGCAAGGGCAGCGUGUGUGCGAGGGGCACCCUGGAUGCCGGGGCUGGGUUCCUGCUGUCUGGGUCCAUCGGCUUUUCUAGCAAUCCCAAAUUCCUGUAAUGACUAAUGGGUUCUGGGAAGCCUAUUCCCUCUUGCACUACGAAAUAAAGAUAACUGGCGAGAGGCCAGCGCCUCUGCAGACGUCGACUGCGAGCAACCUGGCUGCCGAGGGAAGGUAUUGGCACGUGUGCGACUCGCUGGGCUGAGCACAGGCUCGGGGAGGGCUGAGAGUCCCAUCGUGCUCCAACAGCCUCCCCGUAACACACACCCACACCGGGGCAGAGCUGGUGCUGCCCUGGGAGCCCUCGUCCCGUGUUUCCUGAGCUCUCUGCAGAAAGAGUCUUGGCCUCAGUGUUUUGGUGACCCAGGCUGUUGCAGCCAAUUUCUAAAUACUCCUGUGAAAUGUUUAUUUUGCAAUACCUCUUGCUAGCAAGUCUCAGCGAGUGCACCAGGGUCUUUUCAUUCUCAAGGCGGUCUGGAAACUUCAAUAGGCAUGAAAAUAAUUAAAAUAUUAUUGUUAAGCACUAGCAGUUGAUGUUGACAGUGGUCAGCUGUAGGUGCAGGAGUGUUACCAGAGCGGAGGUGACACGUCAGCCGCUCCUGUGCCUUGUUCAGAUGGCCAGGCUCCCUUCUCACCUGCAGUUUUUAGUUUGAGAUAGGAAAUGGAGGAUUUUCUUGUGGUACCACAGCAGUAACCGAGACCACGGGGAAGGUAGAGCUGAAGUUCUCCUGCACCGAGUUACCUCUGGUUGUACUGAGCACUCAUUUCAGAGCCGUGUUUAGCAUCAGCCUCUUGUCAAACAGCGCAUUACAUGUCAUCUUGGUGGAAAAGCCUGGUCGUGAUGAGCUGGAAUAAGGUUGAGUGAAACGUAAGCUCUGUGUCUUCCAGAUAUAUAUUUUGGGUUCUUCAGUUGCAGGGAGACGAUACAGAGUUUCAGGCAGGGACAGAGUGUCCUCCUGGCUCUGUAGGAUUAAACUUCUCAGCUCCAUCUCCCAGGUCUGGAGCUGGAUUUUUCCCUCUUUCCCACAGAGGCUUUGGCAGCAGAGAAAAGGCAAGUCUGAACAUUUCAGCAUGACUUUCAGGCACUGCAGUGACAACUAUAAACCAAGUAAGGUUCAGUCCAAGUCCCUCAGCUUAGGGCUGUGCUGGGAACUUUCCAUUCCAGGCUCAAGACUUGGCGCUCUGGGAUGUGCUGCCCUGUGAUGCUGUGCAGAGGUGUCUGGUUCACUUGGGUGGACCAGACCAGGAUGAAAACAUGCCCUGAGCUGUUAAGUCCUUCUGCUCUUGCAAUGUAGGGCCUCCAUGCAGAGCAAGCUCUUUCUUUUGGGUGUCCCUGUGCAGCCCGGCGGCGCUAAGCCAGUUGGAGAGGUGCUGCAGCAGAGAGAAUCACUGCAUCUGCCCAAAGUCCAUCGCAGAAAAUUAAUCUGGCUGUGCUGCACAUGACCCGUUUUUUCCUUUCGGUGUUCUCUUUCCCAUCGC